AUGGAUGAAUCAUUUAUCUUGUCCGAGUUCGACAGGAUUGUCAAUUCUGGCACAUUCCAAUUCUUGCUUACCUCCGCUCUUGCUAAAAAGCCGACAAUUGAAUUAAAGCCAUCAGCGGUAAAUGCAAUCGAUGAGCUGAGUCAGAAGAGAGAGGGAAGCGAUAUCAGUACUUGUGGCUUUGAGAUUGGCGAAAUUAACACCACCCACGUUCUGGUCGCCAACAAGUUCUGCUGGGUAAGGCCACAUCUUAUGCUCAUAACCUCUGAUGGCUAUCAAAGGCAAUAUGAGAGUCUCAAUCUCGACGAUAUCAAAUCUGCGUGGUUUCUUUUGUCAGCCUUAGACACAGACUACGUUGCUUUCUACAACUGUGGGCAGGAUGGAGGAUGCAGUCGAUUGCAUAAACACCUGCAGCUGAUUCCAACUCCUCCAAACCUCUUUGCGUCCUUUCUCGACGCAAAGGACGGCAAGCCAUCUCGAGUUCCGUUUGAAUGGUUUUAUUGCCGCUUGAAUCCCAAGGUUUCGACGCCAGAACGCUUACUGGAAAUCUACAAUCAUCUUCUCAAGAAGUCAACCAAGAAAGGGAAAGGUCUAUCUGAGAAUUUUGGCAUGGCUCCAUCUAACACUGCGUGUCUACACAAUUUUAUUCUCACAAGAUGUUGGAUGGUGGUGCUCCCCAGGCAACGCGCUGCUAUCAAUAAAGAAGCUUGGGUCAAUGCAAUCGGCAUGCUGGGAUAUAUAGCUGUUGCCACCCGGAAAGAGAUCGAUAACUGGAUACAGCUGGGGUUAACUGAUUCUUUACGGGAACUCGGAGUGGCCAAGCAAGAAGAAGCCUUAUAG